CUUUAUUUUAUCAUUAAGAACACCUUUCCUUUGUUCUUCUUUCCUGUGGUAGCCUUGUAACACUUUCAUUUGAGUUUCUUGUGUUCACUAUUUCUUCUUCCUACUUUCUCUCCUUCCAACUUCAGCAAACAAAAGCUUUGUUUUGAGAUCCUGUAAUCUUUCUACUCCUAAAUCUUGCACACUUCUUGCAUUUCUCUCUCUCUCUUUCUCACAAGAUCAGCACCAUCUUCCCCUCUCCGACUUAACAUCAGCACCAUCUCUCUCUGUCCAUGGAUUUCAUAAGCCCCAUUGUAGACAUUGUCAGCAAAUAUGUAAUCGAUCCCCUUGUUUCGCAGAUUGGUUAUUUACUGCACCUCAAGAGAAAUGUUGAAACUCUCGUGGGGGUCACAGAAAUUCUAAAGGCUAUGAGGGAUGACAAGCAACAUGAUAUUGAUGCAGUGGAGAGGGACGGGCGAGUUCUCACUUAUGCAGCGAGGAAUUGGCUGGUGUAGCUGCAAUAUAAGAGGAGUACAGAAAUGGAAAGACAUGUCUGAGAGGUUAGUGUAUAAAUUGUUGGUCACGUUAUAAACUGAGCAAGAAAGCGGUGAAACUCAAGGAAGAGGUCGAUGAAAGGCAUAUCGCAGAAUUCGAAUCAACAAGAAUACCUCCUCCGGAGAGCGUGAGAGAUGGAAACCUCGACCAUAGAAGACCAACCUAGUGUUCGAGAUAUGCUGCAGAAGGUACUUGAUUGCAUAUGUGACCAACGUUAUGGCAUCAUCGGAGUCUAUAGAAUGGGAGGUGUUGGGAAGACAACUUUGAUGGCAAAAGUAAACAAUAGCUUCAAAUCAAAUCCUUAUUUUGACAUUGUGAUAAUGGUUAUUGUGUCUGCCUAUCCGAAUGUAACAAAGAUAGAGAACAGGAUAGGAGAGCGCUUGGGCUUGGAUUUAUCAUCAGGUGAUGAAGAGGCUGCAAGACACAAGUUGUUGGGUGCUUCGAAGAGGAAGAAGUAUUUAUUAAUCUUGGAUGACUUGUGGCAGGAGGAUGAAAUUGGAAUCCCUCAACCCAAAAAUGAAAGUGGGUGCAAGAUUCUUGUGACCAGCCGUAAUCAAUAUGUGUCCACUGAAAUGGGGACUGAAUUCACAAUAGAAGUGAAGAAAUUUUCAGUGUCGGAGUCUUGGAGCUUGUUUGUUGCCAAAGCCGGUCAGCAUGUUAUUUCCCCAUCGAUCAAACCCCAUGCUAAAAUUAUCGUUCGAAAGUGUGAGGGCUUGCCGCUCGCCAUCAUCACUAUUGCCCAUGCUAUGGCAAAUCGAGACACAGUGAGGGAAUGGGAGGAUGCUAUAAGAGAACUGAGACAGUCGGCUUCCAGCCUUCGCGGUAUGAAGGACAAAGUAUUUGAUUCUUUAAAGUUUAGUUAUGAUAGACUAGAGAGUGAUUUGCACAAGCUUUUUUUCCUUUUUUGUGCUUUAUAUCCUGAGGAUUAUUCAAUAAGCCAGUAUGAAUUAGCAAUUCAUUGCCUUGGAGAAGGAUUAGUAGAUAGGCUAGGUAGUUUAAAAGCCACUCAGAAUAAAGUUGCUGCCUUGGUAGGGAGUCUUAGAACCUCAUGCAUGCUCGAAAACGGAGAAGGAGAAGGAGAAGGAGAGGUGAGAAUGCAUGAUAUGAUGCGCAAGCUAGCGCUGUGGAUCACCUCUCUUGAGUCAAAAGACAACCUGAAAUUCUUGGUGCGAGCCCGUGCUUCAUUGAAGGAGGCACCAGAGGCUACUGAGUGGAAAGAAGUGGACAUAAUUUCACUUAUGGGAAAUGAACUAGAAGACCUCCCUAAAUUGUCAGAGUGUUGCCCAAAACUCGUGACCCUGCUGCUUCAUGAGAAUUUUACCCUUAAGUCCAUUCCCUCAAGUAGUUUCUUUGAAUACAUGGAAUGCCUUCGUGUGCUCAAUCUUAGUUACACAAGGAUUGAAUCUGUUAGUCUUGUCUGUCAUCUUUAGUGAAUCUCCGUGUACUGAUAUUAAGUUCUUGCCGCCCGCUAAGAGAGUUACCACCAAUUGGAGGGUUCCAAUAGCUCCAGCAUUUGGAUCUAUCAAAGUGUCAUCAUUUACAGGAGAUGCCUGAAGGGAUGGGAGAUUUAAGUAAGCUACGAUACUUAAAUUUAGGAAGAACGUGAUUUAAAAUUCCAGCUGGUGUAUUUUCUCGUUUGCUUAAGCUAGAGGAGUUAGACAUGUUUGGUGCUUGUAGUAUAUAGAAUGGAGAGUGGAUGAUGAUGAGGGGGAAGGAGAUGGGAGUGGGUCUGAGGGAAAAGGCACCAUUCAUGACAUAGGGGAGCUGACCCAAUUGAUCCAUUUGAGCAGGCUUGGCAUUAAUCUGGAGAAUAUUACAAUUUCCAACUGGUUCAAGCCUUUGGCUAGGAGUAUGGAGUCUUUGGUCUUGAAAAAUUGCAGGGUUAAAGAUGUUGAUGCCUUUGACUGCUUUGGACGAGUCUCAAUGUCUACCCACAUUAUGCAUCUUGCAGUGCCAGGGUGUGACUCGGGUACCAACUAGUGUUUCACAUGCUCUCCAGAUAGAAAGUUGUGAGGAAUUGGAGUGUUUGGUGGUUGGAAAGGAUGCCAAAGAUGACGGUGACGGCGACCGCGAUGGCGACGACCACUCCUUUCAAAGCUUGAGAGACUUGUGGCUUAAGUCUUUGCCUGGACUAGAUGCGAUAUGUGUCGGUGUCCCACCACCACAUUGCUUUGGUAACCUAAGGAAUAUAAUUGCAAUAGAUUGAAGGUGGUGUUCACAAAGGGAAUGGCACCACAUCUCAGCAACUUGGUGGACAUAUCUGUCAGGGGCUGCGGAGUCCUGCAGAAGUUGAUCGAAGAAGAUGAAGAUGAUGGAAACAACAACAAUGGUGGAUCAUUCUCAUCGUCAUCGUUAUUGACUCUAUCGAAGCUCAGAAAUUUGGCCCUAAAUUUUCUACCGCAGCUUAGCCAUAUAUGCAGCAAAAGCGUGUUGCAUUGGCCAUUGAUCGACAAUGUGUGGGUAAUGGCAUGUCCGCAGUUAAAGAAGACACCACUUUGGGUGCGCAACGCGCGUGGUCUACUUUUCAUUAGAGGAAAAGCCUUAGGACCAGCGUGGAGAGGCGAGGUUGUUGAGAGCUAGUAAUCAAUUAUUUUUUGGGCGCUUUAGACCGUUAAAUUUUAUUUCCCUUUCUUUACUUCAUAAUUUGGUACAAUUACCCUAUUGAACUAUGAUCUGUAUUUUUUUUAUUUUUAAAUUAAUUAAAAUAGGUAUUUAAAUUUUUA